AUGGGUUCCUCCGAUACUUUCCCGACCCUAGAGUCCCUUCAUUUCCCGGAGCAGCUGUCAAUCUCCCAGACACUUUCCUCUCUGCGUCGAUCGGCGCUGUCCGUCGCCAAUCGGCUCCAGUCUAUUGAGACAGAUGCCACCUUUGCCCAAGAGGUCGCUGACCACUAUGGCUUACCGCUGGUUGCUAAUGAGCGCUGUGGAAGCUGGUAUAUCCCACCUACGGUCAAAGCUGGCAGUGCUUAUUUCAAAAGUACCGAUGGCCACACGGUGAUGCCAGAUGCAUUAGCAAAAACCGUCCCAAUCUGGAGCGCUGUCCUAAACAGAGCCCUAUUUCCAUCCGCAACUGCAUACCACCCAGUCCGCCUUCCACCCAAUUACCUGGGCGCAUCGGAAGAAGCACAGAUUGAGAAUCGAAUCGAAGGAUUCGUCCAUUCACUUAAGAGCCUAAAACUUGAUAUGGACAAUCUACGUCAGCAACUCGGCAAACCCAUCCAGAUCGCCUGGGCCAACAGGUCAUAUUUCUACCCGGAGGAUUUGCACACGGGUGAUGAGUACAAUCUACUCGUACUAUGCUCUGCUUCAAGGCGCGUGCAUGGCGCCGAAAUGUCCGAGGGCGGUUACAUCCAAGGCGCGGGCGACGAUAGCGAGGCGUGGGCAUAUGGGCUGACACCGCCGGUAUUCUGGGCCAAUCAGGCUGUUUUAAAGAGUACACCCGAAGAGGAAUUGCCGGAACUUAUUGACCGGCUGGUGGCUGAACAUAAGCUCCUGGAUGUGGCUCAGGACGCGACGCUCAUCUCCCCGACGCGCAAUUUGUACAUUGGGUUCGGGACAGGUUUCGAUGCUGGGGAUCGGUAUGAUAUUGUUAUCGACUGCAAUGGGAGUGCUGCGGCUGUGGAAGGCAACGCGAAGCGGCUUAAUUUAGGCUGUGAUUCUGGGAAACUGGGAAGUCGGGAUCUACGGAAAUGUCUGGAUAAGGUGCACGACUUUAUCGGCGCCCGCCUUGAGGCAGACCCAUCGCUAUCUGUGCUAGUCACCUGUGAGAAUGGGAAGGAUCUUUCGGCAGGGACGCUUCUGGCGAUCGUUUGUCUCUUCUUCAACGACGAGGGCGGGUUCGAUGCCUCACUGAGCAAGCGUGCGAUCAGCAAGCAGUUCAUUCGACAGCGUCUAGCCUGGCUCGUGUCUUCGAAACAUGACGUGAAUCCGUCUCGUGCCACGCUUCAAUCUGUCAAUGCUUUCCUGAUGCAGCCGCCGGAUUAUUGA